AUGUUUCUCUUUCGGUCUGAUGAUUGUAUGGUUAUCAUAUUGAUUUAUGUGGAUGAUAUACUUGUUACCAGCAACAAGGAAAGCUAUCUUCAAGACCUCUUGCUUCAGUUACAGUCUCGGUUUGCCAUAAAAGAUCUUGGCGAUCUGCAUUAUUUUCUUAGUCUCGAGGUGAGUCGUACUUCCGAAGGUCUUCAUUUAUGUCAAACUAAAUAUAUUUCAGAUCUUCUUCAGCGCACUUCUCUGCUGGACACCAAACCAGUCACCACUCCCAUGGCCUCCGGCCCCACCCUCUCCAUUCAUGAUGGUACUCCUUUGCUUGAUGGUUCUGAAUAUCGCAGUACCGUUGGGGCUCUACAAUAUUGCACACUUACUCGUCCUGAUAUCGCCUUUGCUGUCAACAAACUAUGCCAAUUUAUGCAGAGUCCUACUGAUCUACACUGGCUGGCUGUCAAACGCCUUCUUCGAUACUUAAAGGGGACACCUCAUUUUGGAUUGCAUUUCUCUCGUUCCUCUGAUUUUUCCUUACAAUGUUUUACUGAUGCGGAUUGGGCCUCUUGUCCAGAUGACCGUCGAAGUACUAGUGGGUUCUGUAUAUUUCUGGGCGACAAUCUCGUUUCUUGGUCAUCUUCUAAACAAAAAGUUGUCUCUCGUUCUAGUACGGAAGCCGAAUAUCGGAGCAUUGCUAAUGGGACUGCCGAAUUGACAUGGCUUGAAUCUAUUCUUCAUGAUUUAGGUGUUGUUGAGAAAAUAAGCGAUAAGGAUAAAAAUAUUUGA